AAAUAUCCAAAGUUAUUCGGAGUCAGGAUGGGCACCGAUCCAUACAAUUGUAGUUUCUUUACUUUCUUUCAGUCAAACCUAAACCAAGCGUCCGAUCCACAACAGCAACUACUGCUUCAUAAACUCCCAAAUGUUUAAACCAUUGGUGUAAUCAACACACAACACGAAGAAGAAAAAGCCGGAAAAGAAACCAAACAACACCUACACAGAACUUUUUCUAGGGAUUUCUUUGUCUAGAAAACAAACAGUGUAAUCCUCUGUCCUCAGCCCCUUUUGGUCUCGCCUGUAGAUUUAACAAAAGGACUCCCCUUCAUCUCACUUCCUAACAAUGUCGGAACAAUGCCUAUUAUAACAAAUUAUAACCACAUCUAAUCAAUCCAUGCCCAGUCUAUCACCACUCACAAACUACCCACAAAUCAGCAUCACAGCACCUCAUCCCCAGAUCCACCCACCCUCAAGAAGAAAGAUGUCAGCCCAAACAAACGUCGCAGCAAUCGUGGCCCUCUUCCUAAUCUUCCUCACCAUCUUCCUCAUCUACAUGGCCUACCCCAGAAACAUCUGCCACCGAUUAAAAGCUCGACGCAUCGCCGCUCAAAAAAACCGCACAUCUAUUCCACCCGCGGGCCAACUACGCCAAGACCGCGACCUCGAGAUGAACAAAUAUCCAUUGCGGUAUCCGGACCCGGUGAUCACGACAGGAAACGACAAAUUAGAUGAUUGGCCACUGCGCAAUCCGAUACCGCCACCGGCGGCGUCGAUUUUGGCGAGACGAAGUCUGCGGUCCGAGGAUUGGCCUUUGAGGACUAUAGAGCCGGUGGUGGUGGUGAAGAGGAGACAAUUUAUGGAUCCGGAUGAGGAUGAUUUGAAGUUUGGUGGUGCGGGUGGUAGUCUUGAGGGGUUUCCUUAUCGAGUUUGAUAGGUGCGGGCAUUUAUUAGACAGAUGAGGGGAUUCAGAUAGGUGAGUGAAGAACGUGAUGCUUGACGUGGACAUUUUUCUCACCAGAUGAGUUAAGUGCAAGUGCAAGUGCACUUGAACAUAUUAUCCUUUACCUUACAUUCAAAAAUUAUUUUCCUACUUAAAACUAGACAAUUAUGAAGUGAAUACAAUAAAUCGUGAAGAAUAAAUACAUCGUGAAAACAAAACAA